UGUAUUUUUGGCGGUUAAUUUUCCUCAGUUUCCUUUGUUGUUUUUGAUCAUUUUUUCUUUCUAAUCGCUAAAAUGGAUGGAAAACUAAUUGAAAAUAUUGCCAGAAAACUUGGUUUUCAGCAUAAUCCACAAAUUCUCGAGAAAAUCAAAGAAAAUACGAGAUUGUUGCAGCUCAAGCAGAGUUCCAUGAUUGCCACAAUAGGGGAGAUGCCCAAGAUUGUUCUUUGUGCAGAUUUAGCAGCAUCAGCUAUGGGAUUACCCUUCAACACUGAAACUGGGAUUAAGAUUUGUGGCAUAAGGAAGAGUAUCUACAUGAACUACAGAAGAAUAAUUCAAAAACUAAUUGGGGCUACAAAGAUUAUUGGAAUACCUGAAUUAUGCUUGCAAAUGGGACUUCCCAGUGGUGUCCAGGAAGCAGCCAUGGAGAAACUUCCAAAGUACCUGGAAUACAUGAUAAGGAUUAAACAGACAGUGGACAGGGAACAUCCACAGUAUGCUGGCAUUGUCCUGUAUCAAAUAGCAAAGCAGAGGAAGGUAAAAGUGUCCCGAAUGCGAUUCACACAGGCAUGCAAUCUCCGAUCAGAGCAAUGGAAGAUCCUGGAGGAUUCUUGGGAGAAAUACGAAAAGAAUUCCAAGGCAAAUGAGCUUCCCCGCGCUAAGGAAAACACCACUGAAGAUGUAGAGAUGCGGUGUGAUGGGAAAAAGGAAGCAUCAACGGGUUUGGAGAGUGAAGACUACGAAGUUUGGAAGGAGAGAAUCCUGGCAAGAGCUUAUGAGAAUCUCAGAAGAAAAUAAAAUUAAAAUUCAAUAUUUUUGUCAAAAGUCAGACUUUUAUUGAAUUUUAAAUAAAAAAAUCUUCUCAGUCUA